UCAAUUCAUCAAGAAUUUCAUCCAUUUUUAGAUUCAUCGUUCACUGUGGAGGCAUGCAGGAAUAACAAAGAGCACUUCACAAAUUCAUUGUAACACAGGGUAAGAAAUCUAUUCACAAAUGGUCAUUUGGGAGUUGAAGUGUUCCUUUAAAAACCUUUCAGCAGCCGUCACAUAGGAACAACAUUACUUUGCUUUUUAUUACUGUCCAUUUACCUUCUAUUGCUACAGAAAGUGAAAGCAUUUUUACAAGUUGUCAGAAAGCAGCUUUAGCGGUGGUAUGUCAUCUCACUGGAUCCCCUCCUUUUGCUCAAUAUAUCUUCCGUUUCCUGGCUCUUUCCCCCCGAUCUCUGCCUCUAACCCCACCCUCCUCCCGCGGCAUAUGGGAUUCACAUUUGGCUCCGCUGACCGUUUUCUUAAUGUGAUAUUAUGAUACAUUAUCUGAAGCCAUUUACUCCCUGUCACCACCUCUCACGUGGACACAAGCUGAGUAAGCCAAGGAGAGGCGGUCAGAUUCUGUCCAGGAGCCUGUUGCUGGUGGAUAAGUUUUCACCCUCUCCUGCUGCCGGCUGUAAAUUGCCUCUGUCGAAGGUGGAGGACAAUCUGAGCUGCAUUAACUGUACUUACAGCCCAGAUGCUCCCAUCAGGAGAAGAUCAUCACUGAGACUGUGGUGGAUCCAGACGGUGGGGGAUGGAGCGGCCCGACAGAACAACCCUCCUGCUACCUUUUUCCCUGGAGCUCGCUGACCUUGAACCUCCGCUAUACUAGCAGGAACAAGAGACAGACUGAGACGUCCCCCCUUUGUGAGACCCUGAAAUACAACUUGGAUGAAAGACAGACAGAACUGUGAGAAGGAGAAAUAAAAGGAGAGUGAGACAGACAGAACGUGACGUGUUGGACAUCCCGUGAGGAACAAGAGCCUCGGGGUGGUCCAAUCAUGAAACUGUUCAUCUCUGCGGGCCCCCCCUCCAGCCUGCUGCUGGUCCUGAUGUGCUGCCCCCUGCUGGGCUUGGUCCAGUCUGCCAGCAGCAACAAGGCCAGCGAUAACGGACACCCGCACCUGGGAGACUCCGACCCAGAGCGCUGCAUGAGGCACCACUUUGUGGAGACCAUCACACACCCGAUUUAUAAGUGCAACUCCAAGAUGGUGCUGCUGGCGCGCUGCGAGGGCCACUGCAGCCACACGACCCGCUCCGACCCCCUCAUCUCCUUCAGCUCGGUGCUCAAGCAGCCCUUCAAGAGCACCUGCUCCUGCUGCCGGCCGCACACCUCCAAGCUGAAGGCGGUGAGGCUGCGCUGCGCUGGCGGGACUCGCAUCACGGCCACUUACAGAUACAUCCUAGCCUGCAACUGCGAGGAGUGCAGCUGAACGGGGAGCAGCAACCCUCCCAGACCCUCAAGACUCUCAAGACCCAGGAUCCUCUUGGCCUCGGGCCUCGCUCUUCAGCUAUCCAGAGCGUUUUUGGUUGAUUAUUGGAUCAGGAAAUUGCCCCGGAGGACAGCAGCUCAAGUUGUUGUUAUCUUGGGAGUGAUAGUUUGGAGCGAUCGUACCACCCUCACACAGACCUUAAAAUUGACCUGCAGCCUCUGGGACUCAGACCGAACAUACUAUACCCUCUCCAUUAUGUGCGUCCAAUCAGUACAAACCAUAUGAAGCAUAUUUCUCCAGCGCACGAGGCCAGACACCACAAACUGCCGUUCCCAUGGGCCACAUGGAGACCCUCCUCGCUGCGGAGACGCACUGCGCUCAUUACAGGCCUCCGUAAUUCAUAACACACAUGCUCACAAACCACAGUUUGAGAGCUCAUUACAAAUAUCUGCAGCAGCUUUCUGCCAGCUCCAUAAAAACCCCGCCGCGCAUAUGACAACAAAACAACACGCCUCGUUAAAACGCAGCACGGGAAAGGACAAGGCUCGAUGAGAGCGUGCGGCCUACAUGAGCCCGGACAUGUGGCGGACCUAUAGGGGAGCACCUGCGUCGCGCUUACUCACCCAGUAACAUUUUACACACUCCCUGCGGACUUUCAUCUAGCUGUGUAAAACAUGAGCGACGCUGACAGCAGAGCUCAUCAGGUGAACAAUAAAAGAGUGGCGGCAGACGGUGUAAGAGGAGCUCAGAGGAUGAAAGAGGAGCGGGGAUGAAGGUUAAGCCAGCGCCUGGGUGGUCGUGCAGACCAUCAACAGACUUUCAGUGUUCAUUUUAAAUGUAAUCUAUUCUAUUUGGAUCUUUGGGAUGUUCCUGUCAACAUUAAUGAAACUGUAGCUGCCGCUUUUGCCUGUCGUGUAUCGUUACUAAUGACAUGUUCAGUGUUUUGACUCGGAGCAAACUCUCCUGUCACAACUGUGCUAUGGUCGCUCUGCAUACGUCUGUAAAGCCUGCGUACGUUUCCCUCAUGAUGAAUACCAGAACUUCAAACUCUCUGUGUGUGUGCCAGGCUCAAAUACGUCUGAAUCGUCUUUGGCCAUCAGUGUUUGUGGUCACUUUAUCUGAAUUAAAAAAUGAA